AUGGCAGGAAUCUUGAACAAGAUUGGUGAUGCCCUUCAUAUAGGAGGAGACAAGAAAGAAGGAGAACAACACAAAGGAGAACAACAUGGUGUUGUAGGAGGACAUGGACAUGGUACUGAGUACCAAGGAGAACAACAUGGUGUUGUAGGAGGAUAUGGACAUGGUACUGAGCACCAAGGAGAACAACAUGGUGUUGUAGGAGGAUAUGGACAUGGUACUGAGCACCAAGGAGAACAUCAUGGUGUUGUAGGAGGAUAUGGACAUGGUACUGAGCACCAGGGAGAACAACAUGGUGUUGUAGGAGGAUAUGGACAUGGUACUGAGCACAAACCAGAUCAAUACCAAGGGGGAGAGCACAAGGAAGGAAUUGUUGACAAGAUCAAGGACAAGAUCCAUGGUGGAGGUGGAGCAGGUGAGAAGAAAAAGAAGGAGAGGAAGAAACGUGAGGAGGGCCAUGAACAUGGCCAUGAUAGCAGCAGCAGUGAUAGUGAUUAG